AUGGAGGGUCUCAUUCCUCUGGUCUACAAAGCCAUCAAGAGAAGCAACACUCGUCGGAAAUACGAGUGCCUGUCGUCCGGCCAAGCUGCUAAAGGCUACAACCUUGCCGAGCUGCAGACCGACCGUCACAUUUAUCUGGGUCCACCGCCGGAGAAAUUUCCAGAACUCAAUGAAAAAUAUGAUGGCCGUCGGAGAAGCAAGUCGGUCAAAGAAUUCUCAGCGGGUGGAUUCUAUUCUCCACAGCCAACUGGUAAGGGGCCUCGUUUGUCAAAGGAAUUGGCAGGAUUCCGGAGUCAUCGAAUGUUCUCGUGUAUAAAUGGUGCCUAG